AUGGCAGCCCCCUGUAGAAGAAUUCCAGUGGUUGUAGUUUUGGGAGCUACAGGAACAGGGAAAUCCAAGUUAGCUAUAGAAAUAGGUCGUAGAUUUAACGGCGAGAUAAUUAGCACUGAUUCCAUGCAAAUUUAUAAAGGGUUAGAUAUUGUAACAAAUAAAGUUACACCACAAGAACAAGAUGAAUGUCCUCAUCAUAUGAUUAGUUAUCUUAGUCCUUUACAAUACUCACAUAAUGUUGUCAACUUUAGAAAUAAAGCUCUGCCCAUUAUUGAUAAACUGAUAUCAGAAGAAAAGGUACCAAUCAUUGUUGGUGGAACCAAUUAUUAUAUAGAAUCUUUAUUAUGGAAUUUUCUCAUCAACAAGAAGGUGAAGGCAAGUUCAACAGAUGAUUCUGAAUUAAAGAAAGAAGAAGAUCCAUCUGUGGCUGGUGUAGACACGAUUCAACUUCAUAAGAGAUUACAAGAAAAAGAUCCUGAAUUAGCCAAGAAAAUUCAUCCCCAUAAUCGUAGAAAAAUAGUCAGAGCUUUAGAAGUAUAUGAUGUUCAUGGUGUAAAAGCUAGUGAUAUAUAUAAAAUACAACAAGAAGAUAGUGGCAGUAACCAACGUGGUGUUUUACGCUACACUGAUCCUUGCUUAAUCUGGAUACAAACUGAUCAUGAUGUUUUGAUAAAGAGAUUGAAUGAUAGAGUUGAUGCUAUGAUAGAAAAGGGUUUAUUAAAAGAAUUGAAAGAUUUUUAUGAUGAAAAUUUUCAGCAAACCUUAGAUAAUAAAAGGAACUUAGAUUAUGAAUCUGGUUUGUUUCAAUUGAUUGGUUUAAAAGAAUUUAGGAAAUAUUUAAGGUUGACUGAGGAAGAGAAAAAUUCAGAUAAAGGGAGAGAACUACUGGAAGAAGGAAUUGAACUGUUAAAAAUAGCUACAAGGCAAUAUGCUAAGAAACAAAUACGCUGGAUUAAAAACAGAUUUUUGAAAUCACAAUCUACAAAUGUACCACCAGUAUAUAGUGUUAAUUCUACACAUGUUGACCAAUGGGAUGAACUUGUUUCUAAACCAGCCAUGAAAACAGUCGAAGCAUUCAUGAAGGGUAUAAAACCAGAUAUUGUCCCUGAACCCUUCACAGAAUUCAAGACUGAAUAUGAAUAUAAUAUAUGUGAUGUUUGUAAUGGUAAAGUUUUCAUCACUAAAUUUGAAUGGGAAAACCAUAUCAGUUGUAAGAAACAUAAUAAAUCAUUGGUCAGAAAAAGAAAAAGAGAGGGAAAAUCUGAUAUUAAGAGACAGAAGUUAGAAGAAGACCAAUCAAAAGAAACAAUAGAAGAAAUGAGUUGACAGUAAAAUAGUUUGUAUUUUUUAUGUCAUAAAUAAAAUAUAUUUUGU